AAAAAGUUGCCAACCCUCAUGGUGGAAAUCUUCAGAAAUGUUUAAUAACAGUAACUAGUACUGACAAGUUUCUCAUGUAUUUUCGACGAUGUUCUGAGUUAUUCAAAAAUUUCAGAUUUUUGCGCACAUCGCUGAGGGAAAAAGUAUUGGUUGUCAUAAUUGACAGUAGAAUAUCGCUGAAAUAGAGUUGGAUCUGCAGCAUCAUCCAAUGAUAUUCGUGAUGCAGGAAAUUUGCUACCUUAACAAGGGGAAUGCUGAUUGCAGGUGAUAUCAGCAUCAUAAUGCAAUACGGAAUGGUCACAUUUAAGGAAGCAGCACAAAAAGAGGUGGUCAAUUUUCAAACGCAAAAAAGUGAAAAAGUGUUCCAACAGUGCACCAACGGUGUUUCAAAUUCAUCAAAACAAUAAUGAAACUAUUCCCAUAGCUGGCUGUUGUAUUUCUCUUUUCUUUUUUUUCUUUUUUCUUAAUCAAUUUAUUUUUUUAUUUGUUUCCUGUUGUAUCGAACCGCUGCCGGUCAGCUAAAUUACGAGCCCUCAAGUUCGGUUUCAGAGGCCGUUGUUCUCUGUGUUAGUGCGUCAUGAACGAAGACUUUGAUGUAGCUCUUCUUGAUGAAGAAAGUUCGUUUCACGAUGCAAGAAAGAACAACUAUGUUAAUAGCUACGUUUUCACCAAGUUCGACCUAUUGCACAAGUGGCUAAUGCGUCAGACAUCAAGACUAGGUCGAAGUUGCAUCUGUUUGGGCCGUUUGGCCCUUGUGCGUCGAUGCGUGGUUUUCCUCUUAUUCCUGUGCCUCGUUUUCGUAUUGUACUCAGCUUAUCAUCUCUCGUCAGUUCGGUUCAAUAUUAUUCUACGUGGACCGCGACUGGAUCCAUCAAUCCAUUGUUCGUCUACGAGGGAAAAUGGUCUGCGCCUUGGUAGCGUAAUGGGAAGUAGAAGCCAUGCUUCUCCAGGCCGCACUAGAAUUGAUGCCAAAGUUUUGCUUUUUGCGGAAACACAAUACUCACAUCUCGGACGAGAUAUCGCUGAACUUUUGGUCCACAACCGCCUAAAGUACAAAUUAGAGGUCGUAGGGAAAUCGCUUCCAAUCUUGACUAACGUUGAUAAAGGAAAAUAUGGAGUGAUAGUCUUUGAAAAUAUGGAUCGUUACCUGACGAUGGAUAAAUGGAACAGAGAGCUACUCGAUAAAUAUUGUCGCCAGUAUCAGGUUGGAAUAAUAGGUUUUAUGUCUCCACGGGAAGAAAGUCUAAUUGGGGCCCAGCUUCGCGGUUUCCCGUUACAUAUCCAUACAAAUUUUAAAUUGAAGGAUGCCGAGUUAAAAGCAGAUUCUCCUGUGCUUAGGAUAACCCGAGGGGGUGACGUACUUUGGGGACCUUUGCCUGGGAAUGACUGGACAGUGUUUUCGCCUAACCAUUCCACGUAUGAACCCUUGGCUAUGGGCUCUAUUCAAGCCCCAGAAGAUAGUGCUGCUUACGGAGGGUUGUCCUCGAACGCCAUUACAGUUAUUCGGGACUGUGGAGAGUUUGAUGGAAUUCAGCGAAUCUUAUUUGGAUCUGGGUUAGACUUCUGGCUCCACCGUCUUCUCUUUCUAGAUGCCAUGUCUUUUUUAUCACAUGGGCGGUUGUCAACAAGCUUGCAACGCUACAUUCAAGUUGACAUAGACGACAUCUUUGUUGGCCAGAAAGGCACACGCCUCACUCCCAGUGAUGUGGAGAGCAUCAUCGAUACCCAAAAUCGUAUUCGAACGAUUGUUCCUGGCUUCAGAUUUAAUAUGGGAUAUUCCGGCAAGUUCUUUAACCAUGGAACUGACGAAGAGAACAAAGGGGAUGAAUAUCUUUUACAACACGCCAAUGAGUUUACGUGGUUUGGGCAUAUGUGGAGUCACCAGCAACCACACCUAUAUGAGAAUAUUUCCUUAUUGGAAGCAGAUAUGCUUCUUAAUAAAAAAUUUGCGAUUGAACAUGGCAUUCCAACAGACUCUGGUUAUUCCGUAUCUCCACAUCACUCAGGGGUCUAUCCUGUCCAUGAAGCGCUGUACGAAAUGUGGAAAAAGCUUUGGAAUAUUCAUGUCACGUCUACAGAGGAGUAUCCGCACUUAAGACCCGCUCGACUGCGCCGUGGAUUUAUCCAUAGGGGGAUCAUGGUGCUUCCGAGACAAACUUGUGGACUCUAUACCCACACCAUUUUUAUCGACAAGUAUCCUGGUGGUCGCUCGACAUUAGAUAGCAGCAUUAAAGGAGGGGAGCUUUUCCAGACGAUCGUCUUUAACAGGAUAAACAUCUUUAUGACUCACAUGUCGAACUAUGGCAACGAUCGCCUGGCUUUGUACACCUUUGAAGCAGCUACAAAAUUUUUGCAGUGUUGGACCAAUCUGCAAUUCCAAAGCAUUUCUGCUCUCCAAUUGGCUGAAAAAUACUUCCGGAUGUAUCCUGAGGAGAGCGAACCAGUGUGGGGGAAUCCUUGCGACGACCAGCGCCAUAUGAAAAUAUGGUCUCAAAAUAAGACCUGUGAUCAGUUGCCCAGGUUUCUGGUGUUAGGGCCAAAAACUGGUACAACUGCCCUGUAUACUUUCCUCUCCAUGCACCCAGCUAUAGUAAGCAAUUAUCCCAGUCCAGAGACUUUUGAAGAAAUCCAGUUCUUCAAUGGGAAAAACUAUUACAGAGGACUGGAUUGGUAUAUGAAUUUCUUUCCUGUACCCAAAAAUUCAACGCAAAAUUUCUUUUUGGAGAAGAGUGCAACAUAUUUCGACGGCGAGCUGGUCCCUCGACGGGUACACGCUCUUUUACCUAAAGCAAAACUGGUCAUCAUUAUAAUUUCCCCUGCUAAAAGAGCUUAUAGUUGGUAUCAACAUGUGAGAUCUCAUGGUGACCCCACAGCACUUAAUCAUACGUUCUAUCAAGUGCUCACCGCCGGAGAUGCACAAUCCAAAGCUUUGAGAGAUCUUCGAUUUAGGUGUCUGAGUCCAGGAAUGUAUGCACACCAUUUAGAUCGUUGGUUGCUCUAUUUUCCUCCACAACAAAUUUCGGUUAUCGAUGGCGAGCAAGUUCGGUUAGAUCCUGUCACUUCCAUGACCAAACUACAGCAUUUUCUAAAAAUCCGGCCAAUUUUCGACUACUCAUUACAUCUCAGAUAUGAUGCGCGCAAAGGCUUCUUUUGUCAAGUAGUGAAUGGUGACCAUACCAAGUGUUUAGGUCGGAGUAAAGGACGCCACUAUCCCACAAUGGAUUCACAAUCGGCCAAAUAUCUUCAGUCCUUUUAUAUGACACAUAACAUAGCAUUGGAAAAAUUGCUCAAACGCCUCGGUUAUCCAAUCCCACUUUGGCUGGAAGAGGACUUAAGUGACCGACCCGUUAAUAACCAGGCAGUCGAGAUGCCAAAUUCUCUCUGAGAAAUUAUGAACCCAGCUUUUCUUUGUGCGUGCAUGAAGUUCACAGUUGACGUUCUCUUACUGGAAUUCCUCAUGUUGGAUUUGUGUUCAUGUGGCUAUCGGAAAGGAAAGAGAUAUCAAGUUCACAUAAGCUAAAUUGACCAACUCGACGUCAAGUGCUUUAUUUCAAUAAUAGUAAUUCAAAAAGUGCAAAUUUCAAACUAGACGUCGAUAUCCAGUUGGCAGCAAGUUUUUUUCUUUUCUUUUGUUUGCUCCAGUUUGUUAAAAUGCACGUUAUUAUCUGCGAUCGAAUUGAUAGUUUGCUGCAUUUCUUGAAUUUAUGGUCUUUCCAUCAUCAUUUUAACAGACGUGACGAAAUUGUCACGAACUACCGUAUUUUUAAUAUAAACAGCAAACGUAUCGAUUCUAUCUAUUUCAAUCCUUAAUUCCACGCUUGUUUUAUGUGCUUAUGCGUCCCUUUGGAUUGAUUUCUUUUUUAAUCGGAUUUUUUGUAACCACAUGGCAAUUAAGCAUGUCGUACAGUCUAUAAACAAUUUCAGUUGAGGAAUUAUAAUGAUUUCAAUUGUUGUGACAAGUCUGUUUCCUGUACAGUUUUUAGAAAUCGCGCGACAAAUGCUCUCAGGCCAUGAAAUUAUCUCUUUGUUUUGAAGUUCCGAUAUAAACAUAUUCCGUGCUGAGGCGACAUAUCUUCUUUUUGCAUGAUGAAACCAAAUUCCUACAACCGCCACACAAAAUAUUUAUUCCUAAAAUUCCCUUUUCAUGUUAAAACAUAUAAUUAACAAAAAUAUUUUGAAAAUAAAAAUCAGGAGGAAAAAUGAAAGAAAACCUACUGCCAAUGCAAGCAUGUAUGACAUAAACAUUGUAACUCUCGGAAAAAAUAUACCUUGCUUCUAAAAUA